CAUACAAGGAUGGAGAGGGGGAGGGAGAGCAGUGCGUGUGGGAGAGCGAAAAAAAGAGAAAAAGACCUCCCUCCCAAAUCCACAGGCAGAAAGAUAGUAGUACUUCAUUUCAGAUUUCGUCUGUUAAAAACAUCAGACUGGAGACAGCUAAAGUACAGACAAAGAGCAGAAAGAUGACAACCACUUCCUAACCAGACUGUGAUGUGAGAUAACUGGCUGCUUCAGAGAAUGAAGAAGGAAAAGUUAUAUCUUGGAAGACCAGCACAGAUAUACUAACAAGCACUGAAAUUGGCUCAAGGAAUUCCACAUAAAAGGAAUACAGCAAGGUUAUAUGAGAAGUCAAUUAAAUCUUUGCCAACACCAUGAGGAUGAAACUUACACAGCUACUCUUACGGAACUAUUGAUGCAAAUGUGACCAGCCACAGAAACAGCUGGAAAGAGCGAAUCCUGAGCUGUAUACGUUACAUUUUAUCAGAAGGAUAAAGUUCAGUCUGCAGGGAGGCUUAUCAGACUUCCUCCACAAUACUGCACACCAAAGCAACCAUCAGUUCAACCAAAGGAAUCACCAUGUUUUUAUUUAUCCUCAAUCUGCAAGUUGUAUUAUUCCUUCCUAUUUCACUUUCCUAUGAACUUAGAGAGCAUGAUGCCCUUUGUGGGCCAAGUGACUCAUGUUAUGCAGUCUUGUACCAGCGACGCACGUUUCUGGAGUCUUGGAGAGCUUGUCGUGAAAGAGGUGGCAACCUAGCAACCAUCAAAAAUGCUCAAGAAGCAUCUUUAGUUGAGCAACUUCUUACCUCCUCAACAGGUUCCCACAGUGAUGGAGACCCGCAGCUAAGGCUUUGGAUUGGCUUGCAGCGUCAGCCCAGGCAGUGUGCUCCUCAAAAGCCUUUGCGUGGUUUCACGUGGACUACUGGAGACCAAGACACCGCUUACACUAACUGGGUUAGCCAGCCGGUGUCAGCAGGGCCGCCAAGUUCCUGUUCAGCACCACGAUGCGUGGCAAUUGGAUUGGGCCAUGGUAAACCAGAGGAUGAUUUUAAAUGGCUGGAAGGAUCUUGUACAUUACCUGUUGAUGGUUUUAUAUGCAAGUUUCGCUAUCAAGGAUUGUGUUCAACUUUGACUGAACAAAAUGUUCGCUAUUCUUUACCCUUUGGCUAUGAGGGUACCUGGCUAGACUUGCUUCCAUUUGGCACUGUUGCAAUAGUGUCAUGUGAAGGUCAGCAUCAGAGCAUGUCUGUCCUCUGCAUGUUAAAAGAGGAUGGUACUGUUGGAUGGAACAAGGAUGGACCUUUUUGCCAACAUCCUGAAGAAUUACAAUGCCAGGACUGUCAACAGCUGUGUGAUAAAGGUGUUUGUAGCUGUCAAGAAGGGUAUGUACUCCAGUCAGAUGGACACUCCUGUGAACCAGAGGAUGACCAUAACUACGAAGCACAAGGAUGCCCUUGUCAAUACCAAUGCGUAGCUGGAGCAGGUGGUCAGGGGUACCAGUGCAUAUGCCCAGAAGGCUAUGAACUGGCUGCUAAUGAACAUAGUUGUGAAGAUGUAGAUGAAUGUGAAGAUGAAGAAACAUGUGAACACUUAUGUCAAAAUACUCUGGGCUCAUAUACUUGCUCUUGUGACUUGGGUUUUACUGUUGCAGAAGAUGAUCCUGAGCGCUGUGUAGAUAUAGAUGAAUGUCGUAUUGCUCGUAUGUGCCAACAGAUGUGUGUGAACUAUAUUGGGGGCUUUGAAUGCUACUGUAGUGAGGGCUAUGAACUGGAUGCGGAUCGUGUGAGCUGCAAUCCCCUGGAUUUAAUGGAGCCUAGACAUGAGCCAAAUCCAUCUGUGACUAGAAUUUUUGAGCAAGAACCAGAGACAUUUGAAACAGCAACUGAUGGUUGGUAUUGGACAGACUUAGAUGACACAGAAACUCCUGAUAGUACUUAUACAGACCCACCAACAACAUCGCUUAAAAAAGAAACAACUGUGGAGCCAACUUUAAAUACAUUUUCUGACACAACAACAGACCCAAUGGACUGGGAAAACCACAUGGAAAUAACAGCUUCACCCACUGUUACCCCAUCUCAGACCAUACCACCAUCCUAUAAGAUGGAUAAAACCAGACGAACCACUUUCAAACAAGUACCACCUAGAGUUUCUUUAUUGUCUUCAACAGUUCCUACAAGGUACUUAUCAACUACAUUACCACAAGAUGAAUCAAAUGUUAAUGAAUUGCAGAGGGAAGAGGUCACAUCUGCUAUCUCCACAACGGUUCAACUCAGAACCACUACAGUUUUGCCGGAGCAGGCUAGGAUAUCAACAACAGACCCUUACAUUUUCGUAGAAGAAGAUAAACCUACAACAACAGACCCUUACAUUUUGAUAGAAGAAGAUAAACCUACAACAACAGACCCUUACAUUUUCGUGGAAGAAGAUAAAACUACAACAACAGAGAUGCCAAUAACAAGAGUACAUAUAAAUAAAAACACAGCGCCUUCCCUGGACCUCUCAAUGUCGAAUCAUAUUGGAAAUGCUGUAUCGUCUGAUUUAUCAUCAGUUUCUUCCAACACACCCCAAGAAUCAAAGGGUAAAAGGGACAACCGAUGGUUGGUGGUAGCCUUACUUGUUCCUCUGUGUGUUUUUCUAGUAAUUAUGUUGGCCCUUGGUAUUGUGUACUGUACACGUUGUGGAGGGGAAACAAAGCCUCGGAGUGUCACUGACUGCUAUCACUGGGUAACAGGUGGUGGACCAGAAAAAGGCCUUCCUCCUUCAGGGGUAGAAAUACCAAUCAAUCGAGGAGCUGUUUAAAGAAACAGGAGGAUUCUAGAAUUUUAAAUUGGAUAAAGUAGCCCUAAAUGUGGGACUCACAUGCGAUCAUGUUUUUUCUGGGCUUGGUGCAGAUAAAAAAAAAAAUCACAAGUACUUGCAUAAUAAUCUUAGCUUGAUUACUUUUGUCUUGUGAUUUUGUCAUUGUACAGGUUGUGUAGGCCACACACAUUGAAGAUAUUUAUAAAGUAGAAAACCUGGCAAUUUUUUACUUACUGAAAUAUGUCGAUUUUUUUAAUUUCACAUAAUCCUAAAAAGUAUGUUAUAAUA